CGUCGUCAAGUGGCCUCAGUUCACUUUUUAAGACGCAGCAGUACCGGUAUGAUUGCCACGUCGCCGUACGAAGGCAUCCUCACGCGGCUCGUGGCCCAGCACUUGCACGGGCACCCUGAGCUCAGCUUCCAAGAGGUGCGCACGCAGACGACGCUGCGUGACUUCCUGCUACACGAGGCCAACGUGCCCGCGGCCAAGAUUCAAGCGUGCGCUGGCACGGGUCUCGUCGUCGACUUUGAUGGACCUAUCGACGCGUCGACACCAGGUACUCGUGCGUUGCGCUGCAUUGCCUUUCGCGGCGACAUGGACGCGCUGCCGAUCACGGAGUGCAACCCGCACUUGGCGUACGCGUCGACGGUGGCCGGCGCCGCACACAUGUGUGGCCACGACGGCCACAUGACGUCGCUCGCGGGCCUCGCGUGGUUUCUGCAGCGCGCGACGCUGCCGCCCAACACGCGCGUUCGCCUCCUCUUCCAGCCCGCCGAAGAAGGCCACUUUGGCGCCGUCCAAAUGAUCCAAGAUGGCUGCCUCGACGGCGUCGACGAGGUGUACGGCUACCACAACGCGCCGUUCCGCCUCGGCCACGUGCACGUCAAGCCCGGGCCCAUCAUGUCGCAUGGCUGCAAGUUUGCCAUCUCUGUGAUGGGCCCCGGCGGCCACGGGUCGGCCCCCUAUGCAACGACGGACCCGGUGCUUGCAGCGGGGCACAUCGUGGUGGCGAUGCAGAGCCUCGUGAGCCGCAACAUUCCAGCCGGCGAGAGUGCGAUCGUGACGAUUGCGACCAUCCACGGCGGCGAGGCCGACAACGUCAUCCCGUCGCGCGUCACGAUGACAGGCACGUACCGCGAUUUCAACCCGGCGAUGGCCGACAUCAUCGAGACGCGCAUGCGCGGCAUCGUCGAAAACACGGCGGCGGCGUAUGGAACGAUUGGCCGCAUUACGUUUGACGACUGCUACCCCGUGACCGUCAACGCGCCCGACCAAGCCGGUAUUGUCGCCGACGUGGCGGCGCGCGUGGCGGGCAAGAGCUGCGUGAGCGACGACGGCCUCCCGCUCUGUGCGUCGGAAGACUUUUCGUACUACCUGCAGAAGCGCCCAGGCUGCUUCUUUAUGCUCGGGACCACCGUGGACGGCGAGGAGCAGAACCGGCAGCUGCACAGCGACACGUACGACUUUAACGAUGGCGUGCUCCCGCUUGCAAUCCGCCUCUUCCUCGAGGUCGCCCAAAAUCGCCUGGGCGCUGCUCUCAUGUCGCCCGAGGCCUUGACGAGCAUUUACGAGCCCAAGGGUCAAUGCUGA